UUCUUUCGGGGUUCGUCGUGUGUGCUCGUCUCAGCUGCCAUGUCCGAAACCGCGCCUGCCGUAGCCGUGAGCGCGGCGGCUCCUCCCGCCGCUGCCAAAGCGCCGGCGAAGAAGGCGAAGAAAGCGGGCGCCGCUAAAGCGCGCAAGGCAUCCGGGCCCAGCGUCACGGAGCUCCUCACCAAAGCGGUGGCUGCCUCUAAGGAGCGCAAGGGCAUCUCGCUGGCUGCCCUGAAGAAAGCCUUAGCCGCCGGAGGCUACGAUGUGGAGAAGAACAACAGCCGCAUCAAGCUGGGUCUGAAGAGCUUGGUGAGCAAAGGGACCCUGGUGCACACCAAGGGCAUCGGCGCCUCGGGCUCGUUCAAGAUCGGCAAGAAGGCCGAAGGCAAGGAGAAGGCGCCCAAGAAGAAGGCGCCCAAACCGAAGAAGCCCGCCGCCAAGAAGCCCGCCGCCGGCGUUAAGAAGCCCAAGAAGCCGGCCGCUGCCGCCAAAAAGAGCCCCAAGAAACCCAAGAAGCCGGCCGCGGUGAAGAAGGCCGCCAAGAGCCCCAAGAAGGCUAAGCCGGUCAAGCCCAAAAAAGUAGCCAAAAGCCCCGCCAAGGCGAAAGCCGUGAAGCCCAAGACGGCCAAGCCGAAGGCGGCCAAGCCCAAAGCUGCCAAGGCGAAGAAGGCGGCGCCCAAGAAGAAGUAAACCAUGGCUCGCGUAUACUUUUUCAAAAACCCAAAGGCUCUUUUAAGAGCCACCCAUUUCGUCAAAAAAAAGAGCUGUCGUGCACCUGGCACUUAAUUUCCCCCCCUCUUUGGGGCAAUCUUGGGUAUGUUUGCGCCGAAGGACGGUACCUUUGGGGGUGGGUGGGUGUCGAGCAUCCGCAAAGCUUGACAGUUCUUGUAACUUGACUAAGUCAUCUAUGUUGUCAAGUUCUGAUUUACGGCGAUCCUUUUCAGAUUUUUUUCUCCAGGUACAGUAGAGUACUCGGGAAUGCAGGGGAGGGGGUCCUAGGACUGCACCUUGCCCAAGGCCACAUCAGCUGGCCUUUUCUUGGGAUGCACAGUAGGGAACUGAACUCCCAACCACCUCUUAUCUCGCUGAGCUAUCCAACCAGCACCACAUUACUACGUAGCCAUUAUUAACUGGUUUCCGAUGUCCUCAUUUGUAAUGUUAAUAAAGGAUACAUUUCGA